AAAGUAGCCUAGUCUGUUGGAAUAAAACAAAAGCCUAGUCUGUUGGAAGUAAAAACAAAAAAUAAAAUAUUUUAGAAGCAAAAACUAUUCUAGAGUGCUGGAAGCAAAAAAUAGUCUUGCCUGUUAGAAGCAAAAAAAAUAUUUUAAUCUGUUAGGAGCAAAAAUCAAACAGACUAGGCAAAAAUAGCCUAGUCUGUUCGAUGCCAACAGUAGGCCAGUCUGUUGUAAGCAAUCAGAUGGGCACCGUAAACAAAGAGCUGGUGGAGAAAAAAAAAGUUUGAGUCUUGAAUCCAGGAGUGAUAAAGCGUCAUCAAUAAAGUACUAAAGUAAAAAGAUCCACUGAUCAGUGAUAGAGGAAUUAUCGACCUUUAGCCUAGUACUAGAGUCAGUAGACUCGCAUUAAUAAUUAACUGCAUUAAUGAAUAAAGUCUUGUAAUAGUCUUAGACUAAAGUCUUGCAUUUUACAUCGUGUUAACAGUAAACCCAUUAGAGAGACACAUUGUAUUAUAUCCUGCGUCAGAGAGAAUGGAACCACGCAUAUAUAAUAUUAACUUUAAUACACUUGGAGGGUCGUGCGCUAGCUCCUGAACCCCAGCGUGUGCUAGUCAGCGCAUUCUUUUAUAUACUGUUUGAAUUUCCAUAUUUGUCAGAGACUUAAGGGCAGGCGAGUCAUAUUGAGAGAGAUCCAGAUAUAGAGUCGAGUAGGAGGGUGCAGCACAAUGACACAAUAGCCCAGUAGAUCUGUGUAUCAUCCACAGUGCUGGGUAAUGAGCUGAGUGAAAUCAGUUGUCUUGCGUCGCCAUGGUAAUUGAUCUUCAACACAGCCUGCGGGCUGGCAGAUAUAUGAAGCGACCAUCACUGAAUACGGCUAAGCAGUGUAAACACACGUACUGUACCUCAUUAUCAGCUUAAUAAACACUUGUUCCUUAUUUACAAACAGUUCAUUUUGUAUCGUGGAAUUGUAUGUUGACAUUAUUAUGUAACCCUGAGAAGUCUUGUCAAAUACUUUUUUUAAUAAUUUUAUAACUGCUUGAAAUUAUAUUUAUCGUGAUUAAGUAUGAAGGCGUUGAAUAUGUUGAAGGUUUUAUCGUUCAUAGUUGGAUACGUGUUUACUGUACAUCCCUAUUAACAUAGGGCAGGAGAUAUAUACAAAGAGAGGUGUGAACCGCUUCUGUGUACAUUGUUAUGUGGUCCAGUGAAAUACACUCCUCUCCUGCCUAUGAAGAGUCAUACUCUCCCUUGUCCAUAACCCUGAAGGUACCUGGUUUCGUAUGAGCAUACUCAGAUGGAAACCAGAUGCCGAAAAUUUGAAUUGUUCAAUUUUUAAGUUCGGUAGGGAGGAGGUAAGCUCUGCAGCAAAUAUGGAGGGAUCGACUGGCGAGAGGCGACUAAAUCCCGCCAAAAUACUCUGGAUGUGAAGACACCCCAGUUUUCCAUGUUUUGGAGAUUGUGAUUGGUCGCGCACCCACGUUCAGCCAAUCAGAAAACGCCCUGACGUAACGUGGUGUGACGUCAGCGCUCGAGGACAGAGCAAGGUACCAGCCGUCACUGUUUCUCAGGCCAUCAAGGUGAUAGGUCGCGACAUUCGUCGGUCCCGCAAAGUGAAGUUUGAUUCCAAAGAGAAUCGUGUAAUCUCGAGAGAGGCUCAGUAAAGGAGUCGCCGAGCUACUAUUGGUGGAAGUACUGGAGUGCUGGUUACAACAGCGUCGGGGAAACAUUAAAAACUUCGUGUUUUAAAGAAGCGGUGUUGUGGGGUGGAGAGUCGACCCGCGGGCCAUUCCUGGGUUUGAACCGUUUGAAUAUUACUACAAUACGAGUGGGGGCAGUCCUGGGCUGUAUAUGCUCAACAGUAGUGCGGCCCUGGUGGAUGAACUACCGGGUCACGUCAUCUUCGGCAUGAGAGAAGGCGGAGACCAGUGAGCAAAGUGGGGGGAUUGGCGGAAGUCUGGGAGACCCUCGUCGUAUCCCAGUUACUUGACAAGCAGGAGUACCAGUGGUGACCGUCAGGGAAGGUCAGUAGUCAGCUGUUACAUCACAGAGGAGAGCGGAGAGACUAACUGUAUGUCUACAGGAAUUACGACAACGACCUGACGAAUUAUCUGCCAACCUCAACCAUCUACUGAGACAACAUCAGACAGUCUACAAGACUACAGAGUUUAAAGGAAUGAAGAAAGGAUACCAGGUGUGCAGGUGGUGGUGGUAGGCGUACAGGUGCACAGGCGUGUACACAGUGUCAGGAUGUGUGCACCUUAACACCGCCCCACCCCCCUUUCAUGUACGCAGCCAUACCCAGAAGACAAACAGGCAUGUGAACUGUGCUUGAGUCUGUUUACAGACAUACCCCCACUACGAUGACGUAAGUAAACAAGGGCGAUGACGUCAAGAGAAAGGUCAACAGUUAUCCGAAGGCCUAAUAAAGGGAAGUGCGGGAGUUCUGGCCUAGUUAAAGGCGUAUCUACGACCUACGCGCGAAGGAACCUCGAGGAACUCCACGAAGUCGACACACAGAUACCAGUGAUCGGGGAGGCUGGCCCCAGCAGUGAGAGUGGCGGGGCCGCCUCCCGCCUUCCCAGCACCAGUGAUGGCGGCUCACACGCCUCGGAAAGUCAGUUAGAGAAAGAUAAUGGAAUUAGAAGCGUUAUCCGUCAUGCUGGUCAGCCCAAGGCAGAGAGCAUCGUGCAUCUCACUGACAGAGGGGGCGGUGUCGGAGGCACGACGGUCAGUUUAUCCCCCGGGACGGGGCCGGGCGGGCAGCCACAACCACCUUGGCCCACUCUCCCAACCAAGACAAACAUAUCCAUGAAGAGGCAGUUAACAAGACCGGAGAGGCACGACAGGAGAGGGAGUUCAGAGGGCGGGCGCGGCGGCGGCGGGUCAGGUGGCGAGGCGGCGGGGGAGGCGAGGGCGGGAGAGUGUGGCGGCGGCGCCAGUUACUCGCGGGCUGUUGCCAGUGAGAGGGAGGCGGCGAUCACAGUCACCGUCUCAGAUACAAGUUCAGUGGACUCCCCCCUCCUCUCCCCCCACCACCCCCUCCUCCACCCCUCCGACAGGAACCCGGACUCUAAACUCAUCAAAGUCGAGAUCGUCGGCGCCCAAAACAUGGACCUGGACUCGGGAGGACGCUUCGAGAGACGGACUACCAUCAUUGACAGGUAA